UCUCACUUCAGAGGUUUGUGUGAUUGAUCACCGAACACUCCGACGUAUAAAGAAAGUGUUCCUCGUGUUUGGACGAAAGGGUCUCACCAGUGAAUUCUCCUCGUAAAAGUUUAGCGUUGUAAGCGCCAGUCGAAAGAGAAGAAGAAGAAGAAGAGGAGGUGAAUGAUAAGAGGACUGAGAAGGUUUGUCCUUCCCACCAUCCUCCCAUCAAGAAGCCUAACAUCGACAGCAGGACCUCGCAGAUCGAAGUACCUGUUCCGAACUCCCAUCGCCAAUGGCUCGAGCAUCUCUUCGCUAUCCACCCACUACCUGCUCGACGAAAUGUCUCAGACAACUAUGUUUGCCUUUCGUGCUCUCAGUUUCCUGAAGGGCACUUUCGUUGAGCCUGAUCUUGUUUCUUCCGUCCACUGCUUGUCGCUUAAGGCCAAUGCGCUCUCCGACCUUGCUGCCCGUACCUCCCUCCUCACUGCAUAUGCCAGAGCUCAGGAUUUGCGCUCCGCCAUGGCAAUUUUCGAUGAGACCGCUGCGCGCGACGUCAUAUUUUGGAAUGCGAUUAUUAGUGCCUAUGUCCUUAAUUGUCAUUACAAAAGCUCUUUUCUGCUUUUCCAAGAAAUGGUGGAAUCCUUUGGUGAGUUCGAUUCGACGACACUGCUGAUCAUGCUGAUGGCUUCCUCUCGCAUGCAUUACAUGAAUUAUGGAACAACUCUUCAUGGCACUAUAAUGAAGAGAAAUUUUCUCAUGGAUGGUAAUCUUUGUAAUGCUUUGAUCGAUAUGUAUGCUAAGUGUGACAACAUGAGUUCUUCAGAGCUUGUCUUCGAGGAGAUGGAAGUUAAGGAUAUCUCUUCAUGGAACUCUAUGAUCAGCGGAUGCACAUUUAAUGGUUUUCCCGAGAGAUCGGUGUAUUAUUUCAGGGAAAUGCGACGCUCAAAUGUCGACGCAGAUGCAGUGACCCUUUCGAGUGCUGUAACGGCAUGCUCUUUAGCGGAAGAGUAUUGGGGUCACGGGGAAUCAGUGCAUGCUCUUGUGAUCAAAAUGGGGUAUGAAGCAAACACUUAUUCUUCUUUAUCAAAUUGCCUUAUUUUAUUUUAUUUCAGAUGUGAAAAUGUGGAAGCAGCAGAUGCAGUGUUUAAGGGACUUGCAAAUAAGAAUGUAGUUUCAUGGAACGCGAUGAUUGGUGGGUUGUUGGACGAUGGAAGAUAUGAUGAAUUCCUGAAUCAUUUUUGGGAGAUGCAGUCAAAACACAUGAUUCAGCCUGAUGAUACUACACUAAUUACCAUUAUUCCAGCAUGUCGUGAGUUGAACCUGCUUCGUGAAGGGAAAUCUAUUCAUGCUUUUGCCAUCAAGAAGGAAACAGAUCCCUUAGAUUCAUCUGUAGAAAAUGCCUUGCUUGACAUGUAUUUAGAGUGUGGUGAUCUGAACUCUUCAUUCCUUCUAUUCAGGAAGAUGACUAAUAAGGAUAUAAUUUCAUGGAACACCAUGAUAUUUGGAUUCUCUCGAAAUGAUUCGUCGAAGGAAGAGGCUCGAGCCUUGUUCUGCGAAUUGCUGCAAAGCGGACUGAGAUGCAGUGUGGUUACUUUCUUGGCAAUUCUUCCUUCUUGCACUGGUGCUGAAGAUCUUAGAUUUGGGAAGGCACUUCAUGCUUGCCUCAUCAGGUAUGGAUUGAUGAUCAGUAUGUCAGCUAUGAAUGCACUUAUGCUAAUGUAUAUUAAUUGCGGUGAUCUAAGUGCUUCCAUCUUACUAUUUGAAAGACUUCUACCCAUAUCAGAUAUUGUCUCAUGGAAUACAAUGAUAGUUGGCUGUGUGCAGAAUGGUUAUUACAAGGAGGCACUUGGCAUGCUCACUUCUAUGUGCUCCUUACUGCUUCCAAUACCUGACUCCAUCACAUUUGUCAGUGCUGUAUCAGCAUGUGGGAACUUAGGACUGUUAUCUUAUGGCCAAUGCCUUCAUGGCUUAGCUCUGAAGAGUCUGGUAAAUUUUGAUAUCCGUGUGAAGAAUGCAUUGCUGACCAUGUAUUUUCAUUGUAAUGAUUCCAAGAGCGCGGAGACGCUGUUCAAAUUAAAUGGUGACAGAAAUUUGUGUUCCUGGAAUUGCAUGAUCUCUGGUUUUGCACAGAACAAGGAAGGUGACAAAUCUUUGCAGUUGUUUCAGAAUAUGGAAGGCCUUCGACCGAAUGAAUUUUCCAUAGUCGGAGUUAUCUGUGCCUGCACUCAGUUAGUAGAUCUCAGCCAUGGCAAGGAAGUUAAUGGCUAUGUGUUCAGGUUUUGCUUACAAAGGAACACAUUUAUACUGUCAGCGCUUGUCGAUAUGUACAGCAAGUGUGGAAGACUAGAUAUCGCCACUCGAAUUUUCACAAGUUCUAAUGAAAAAUCUAUUGCCUCUUGGAACUCCAUGAUUUCAGCAUACGGGUUUCAUGGACAAGGAAGAAGAUCCAUCGAGCUUUUCUCGUGGAUGUGCGGUUUAGGCGUCAAGGCGACCAAAAGCACAUUCAUUGCUCUUUUAUCAGCUUGUAGCCACUGUGGACUAGUCGAUGAAGGAUGGAAGUACUACGACGCUAUGUCGGAGAAAUUUGGGAUUGAACCCACUGCUGAGCACCAUGUUUGUAUGAUUGAUAUGCUCGGUCGAGCUGGAAGACUUGGAGAGGCUUUCGAAUACUUAAAGAGAUUGCCCGUCGAAGCAAAACCAGGAGUAUGGGGUGCUCUGUUAAGCGCCUGCCAUGAUCAUGGCGAUCUCGAUAUCGGUAAAACAGUGGCUGGAAAACUGUUUUGCUUAGAACCUGAAAACACAGGCUAUUAUGUUACGCUUUCUAACUUAUUUGCGUAUUAUGAAAUGUGGAGUGAAGCACUGAGAACAAGAGGCAUGAUUCUAGAUAAAGGAUUGUUGAAGCCCCCGGGCUGCAGUGCUAUUGAUGUACUCAGCAGUUGAGAACUCUCAACCUCCUCUGUGCUUUUCAUGGAUAUAUUUAUCUGAUGGGUAAUGCGCUAAACAACUGAUCUUUUU